UGGUGAUACGGACCUACAGUCUAUUACAGAGAAAAAGGAAACAAGCAGAGUGUGUGUGAGAGAAAGAAACAGUCAGAUCAAGUCAUAAAAGGUGUAUAUUAAGCAGUUUUCGGGAUUCUGUCACGGCGGUUUCUCAUUUCCUGUAUUCUAGAGAGAGAAAGUGAGGGAGGUGUAGGUGUUUGUCUGUAGAGAGAGAGAAGCAAAGCCGGGUUUGCGAUCUUGAAAGGCGGUAUUGUAACGGUUACAUAGCGAUUUACCGGUGCACCUUUCCGUUAUUGUGGAAUUGAAACGUCGGAGGUUUCCCCUGUGAAUCUUUUUCAACGGUUACGUUGGUAUUUAUUGGAGAUAAUUAUCAUUAUUUGCAUUUGUGAACAUACGAGUGUGGGUAUAUAUAUAAUGCGGUGAAUCGGUGUACGGAAAGAGGUAUUUGAGCUUUGAUUGAUGAUUUGAAGAUUCUGUUUUGUUGAACGUGUGCUUUAAUCAUGGCGAAUCGAGGGUCGUUUUCGCAGCCUAAUUUCUCAGCUGAAGUUUUUGGAGGGGAUGAUCUGUAUACGGAGCUAUGGAAAGCAUGUGCAGGGCCAUUGGUGGACGUUCCAAGGGUAGGGGAGAAAGUGUUCUAUUUUCCUCAAGGUCACAUGGAACAAUUAGAGGCAUCAACUAAUCAAGAAUUGAAUCAGAGGAUUCCACUCUUCAAUAUUCAUUCAAAGAUCCUUUGUAAUGUUGUUAACAUUCAGCUUCUGGCUGAACAGGACACUGAUGAAGUUUAUGCACAAAUUACUUUGAUGCCAGAGCCAGAUCAAACUGAACCAAGAAGUCUUGAAUCGUGCCCUCCUGAACCUCCAAGGCCGAGGGUUCACUCGUUCUGCAAGGUUUUAACUGCCUCCGAUACAAGCACCCAUGGUGGGUUUUCUGUUCUUCGGAAACAUGCUAAUGAAUGCCUCCCUCCCCUGGAUAUGAACCAGCCCACGCCUACCCAGGAAUUGAUAGCGAAGGAUCUUCAUGGUUUCGAAUGGCGAUUUAAGCAUAUAUUUCGAGGCCAACCUCGGAGGCAUUUGCUUACAACAGGAUGGAGUACAUUUGUCACAUCAAAGAGAUUAGUUGCAGGAGAUUCUUUUGUUUUCUUGAGGGGGGGAAAUGGAGAGUUAUGUGUUGGUAUUAGACGGGUUGCUUGUCAGCAGAGCUCCAUGCCAUCAUCAGUGAUUUCAAGUCAGAGCAUGCACCUGGGAGUGCUUGCAACUGCAUCUCAUGCUGUUGCGACCCAGACCCUCUUCGUAGUCUACUAUAAGCCGAGGACAAGUCAAUUCAUAAUUGGCUUGAACAAAUAUCUAGAAGCUGCUAAAAAUGGGUUUGCAGUUGGCAUGCGAUUCAACAUGAGAUUCGAGGGAGAGGAUUCUCCGGAAAGAAGGUUUACAGGCACAAUAGUUGGGGUUGAAGAAAUUUCUCCCCAGUGGAAAGAAUCUGAAUGGAGAUCAUUGAAGGUUCAAUGGGAUGAUCAUGCAUCCAUUGCAAGACCUGAGAGGGUUUCUCCUUGGGAGAUAGAACCUUUUGUGGCUGUUCCUUCAAGCCUGGCUCAACCAGUUGUAGUGAAGAAUAAAAGGCCCCGGCCACAAAUUGAAAUCCCAGUUCGCGAAACUACAUCUUCAACUGCAUCAGUUGUCUGGAAUCCUUCCCAUGAUUCAACCCAACUUAGUGUUACACCUGAACGCCAAAGAAAUGAAGAUCAUGUUAAUUGGCAUCCUAAGCAAACUGAAACUGGUUGCACCCUCAUGAAUAGCAGCAACAACUGUAUUUUAAGGACUCAUGUAGAGGGACGCUGGCUAUAUUCUCCCCAUGCAAAUGUUUCUCGGAAUCUAUUCGCGGAUGAAAUAGACAGUAAGAGUGCUUCAGGUUGGUCUGUUCUUUCGGUCUAUUCCACUCCUCACUCAGCAAAGCAGAGCAUUGACCCCAUGGCGGAGCGAAUUGAUGGAAAGAGAUUUGAGAUUAUGGCAAGCUGUCGAUUGUUCGGUGUUGAUUUGAAAGGUACCCUUCCAUCUGAGAAGUCAUCUGAACAGCCAGUCAGUGUAUCCAAUGUCACCACUGAAAGACAUGUACUGAGUACACAACUGGUUAAUGAUACAGAACAGAAGUCUGACCUUUCAAAGGCGUCCAAAGAACAGAAACAGGGACAGUUGCAGGUAUCACCGAAGGAGUUUCAAAGCAAGCAGAGUUGCUCUACCCGGACUCGUACCAAGGUUCAAAUGCAGGGGGUUGCAGUGGGUCGGGCGGUGGACCUAACCACAUUAAAUGGGUAUGGUGACCUUAUAAAUGAACUUGAAGAGAUGUUUGAAAUCAAGGGGGAGCUACGCCCUCGGAAUAAAUGGGAAAUCGUUUUUACAGAUGACGAAGGGGACAUGAUGCUCAUGGGUGAUGAUCCGUGGCGGGAAUUUUGUAACAUGGUGAGAAGGAUCUUCAUUUGUUCAAGCCAAGAUGUUAAGAAAAUGGGUGCUGGAAGCAAACUUCCCCCUUCUUCGAUAGAAGGUGAUGGGGCUGUUGUUAUGUUGGACGCUGCUGACACGUGAACUGUUCCUUAAUUAUUCCCACAUUUUUGUUUGAAGGGGAGGCGGAGUGAUGGGUGUUCCAUCGGAUUGGAUUUUAAAUUUGGUUGUCACGAAGAAUGUUGAAGAUGGAAGGAAGGUGAGAGGCAAGCAAGCAAACACCGGGUAGGCUGCUCACGAGUGUGAGAGCUUGAUAUGCUUCAUGACACCCAAUUAAUUAGACAUUAACUGGGUUCAAAGAAUGGUGACUGUAGUAGUAGUAGUAUUAGGGGAACUAAUAGUGAAAUGGGUAGAUUAAGAAUUUGUAUAUAUUAAGGGCAUUUCUGGUUGGGUGUGGGUUGAAGUGUUUUUGUUUGCUGCUCUUGUAAAUAUAUGUACUUGUGCUUUGGCACUGAUGUCUUCGGUCUCUAGUGGUUCUUUAGUUAUGUUCUUUGCAAUAUGAAUGGUAUUUGUUUUGCAUUCUA